CAACAUCAGCCGAGAUGAGGUGCCACCUCGUCGGACACAGGGACCAAGAGCAGAGACCAGAGCACUGGUGAAAGCUAGUCCCAUCAACUGCAAUGGUCCCGCUUGUGCUGUUGCGCACAUGGCUUGCUGCUAUUCCGCAAGAACUGAGCGACGCAAAACGCUUUUACAAAAUUGACUCCCUAUGGUGACUUAAGGGAAACGGCGGCAUGUGAUGUAAAGGAUCGCGGCAGAAGUACUUCGCAGCAAACCUCUCCCAUUGACACACUUCGGCAAAUUGCAAGUCAAGAAGCGACGUCGCCCCAACGACCAUGCCAAGCCGCCCGCCACUUCGACAGAACAUGACCAAGUCCCCUCUUGAUCGCAUCCAUUUGUUGCGAUUGCAGGUUCGCGACUUGAUGGAUCUCAACAACAUUCGUGGCUUUUUCAGCUUCUUUGGAUUUGGGGAAGACCAGCCAUUCCUCGUUCCCCAAGACCGAUGCGAAUUGGAGUGCCGCACCAAAUCCAACAUGGCGUACUUCUCCGUCAACUACUUUGUCAUCACGUGCCUCAUCGGUUUUCAACACGCCCUUCUCAACCCCAUCUUCAUGAUCGUCCUGACCGUUCUUGCUGCCGGAUGGGCAUAUUGCAACUACCUGACAGCCCACGAAAGCCCUGGCAACCCUGUGAUCAUUUUGGGUGGGCCGACCACACCCAUGCAACGGGACACGUGCAUGGCACUGGGUAAACCCACCCAGGAUGACAAAAUCGCUGACAUGAGUCGUAGCAUCCGUCAUUUUGGUCAUUAUCUUUGGAGGUCCUCUUCUUUUGUACACCAUGGUGGUCAGUGUGUUUCUCAUCAUCUUGCAUUCGAUCAUGCGCAACCAACCGUUGGCAACGUACGAUGAGUUGGAAGAUCGGUAUCACGACCUUUCGGAUUCGGACUAUGAGAACGAUCAUGGCCAUGGCCACCUUCUCACCCACAGCAACGAGCACGUAACAAUCUAACGACUGCAUCUGGGCGAUUUUUGGCAUUACAACCCGACACACUAAUUUAGCCAAUCCGAUUCCAUUGAGUUCCGGAUAGCCAAUCCGUUUAAUUGUGUGAAUGGCAUUGACGAACACCGA